AGAGAAAAGUCCGCCCUGGGAUUCGACGACUUGAGAAAAACAAAUCUGCAGCGCUAAUGAGACUUUUCAUUACAGCGUAGCACGGGGGUGGCGCGAGGCGGGGGCACAGAUUACACCCCACCAGUGGCUAAGUGGACUCAUUUGUUGCGUUUCAUUUCUGAGCUGCAGAUUUAACGUGAUGCAAUAUGCCUGCCACCGGAAUACCUGGGGGCAACAAGUGAUUCAUUAAGUGUCCCCUCCCCCUUUCCACACACAUACACACACACUUACACAGACACACAUACACACACAUACACACACACAGACACACACUGACACACACUGACACACACACACGCACGCGCUUCAGAGACAGUGCAAGAACAGCGACAAGAAGCAAAGGCAAGUUACAUUUCUUCUCACGUGCUGCUUUCUGUCUCUGAGUGUGUGUGAACACCCCGGGAUAAACGGAGGACGAAGGAUGCAGCUGAGAGCAUGAAUCCGGCCGGGAAGGAGAAUGACAUGUUUUGUCAGAAGGCGGUGGCCCUGAUUGUUGACCUUUGUCUUCAAAACAGCCAGCUCCUGGACUCGAACACCUGUGAGGAAUAUCUCGUGCUACUGUCCAACCACAACCCCAGCCACGACGAGCCAGACCUCUCUUUCAGCUUCCUCCUUGUAGUGUUUGUGGUGUGUGGCCUGGCCCUUCUGGGACUCUGUGCGUUCGCCACUUGGAAGCUCUGCUGGGUGCCCUGGCGAAACAAGGCCCUGUCCUCUAGCGCCGCUGCCCUUGCCCCGGCCUGCCCCCCCGAAGGAGGCGGAGACAACCACGCCCCGCAGCCGCAUCGCGCCCCGGUCACCAUGGCGACGGAGAAGCUGAAGGACCCCCUGUCCUCCAUGAGCUUCCUGGAGGCGGCGGUGAAGAUCAGCCACACGUCGCCUGACAUCCCGGCGGAUGUGCAGCUCUCCAUGAAGGACCACUUCCUGCGCCGCACCCAGCGCAUGCAGCGGCAGACCACUGAGCCCGCCUCCUCAACCAGGCACAGCUCUUUUAAGAGGCACCUCCCCAGACAGAUGCAGGUGUCCAGCCUGGACCUGGGCAACGACUAUGUGGACGUGGACGAGCAGCCCACCUGCAUCGGUCGCAUCAAGCCCGAGCUCUAUAAGCAGAAGACGCUGGAGACGGAGGAGUCGUCCAAGAACGGCGGCAAGACCUGCGGCAAGAUCAACUUCUCCCUCAAGUACGACUAUGAGAACGAGGCGCUCAUCGUCAACAUCCUCAAGGCCUUCGACCUGCCCGCCAAGGACUUAUGCGGCAGCUCCGACCCCUACGUCAAGAUUUACCUGCUCCCUGACCGCAAGCGUAAGUUCCAGACGCGCGUCCACCGCAAGACCCUCAACCCCACGUUCGACGAGUCCUUCCAGUUCCCGGUCACCUACGAUGAGCUGGCCACCAGCAAGCUCCACCUGAGCGUGUUUGACUUUGACCGAUUCUCUCGGCACGACAUGAUCGGGGAGGUAAUACUGGACAAUCUCUUCGAGGCGUCAGACCUCUCCAGGGAGACAUCGAUCUGGAAGGACAUUCAGUAUGCCACCACCGAGAGCGUGGACCUGGGGGAGAUAAUGUUCUCGCUCUGCUAUCUGCCCACCGCCGGGCGCCUCACCCUCACUGUUAUCAAGUGCAGGAACCUCAAGGCCAUGGACAUCACAGGAUACUCAGACCCUUAUGUGAAAGUGUCCCUCAUAUGUGAUGGGAGACGCUUGAAAAAGAAGAAGACGACCAUCAAGAAGAACACCUUGAACCCCACCUACAAUGAGGCUAUCAUCUUCGACAUCCCGCCCGAGAGCAUGGACCAAGUCAGCCUCCUCAUCUCAGUCAUGGACUACGACAUGGUGGGUCACAAUGAGAUCAUCGGGGUAAACCGCGUGGGGUGCAAUGCCGAGGGGCUGGGCAGAGACCACUGGAACGAGAUGCUGGCUUACCCCCGCAAGCCCAUCGCUCACUGGCACCCCCUGAUGGAGCCCAAGAAAUCUGAAAAAGAGUGGAAGGGUCGUACGGCCAGUUUUGACAGCCAGGGCUCCUGCCCCUCCCCCAAACCUCCCUCCAGCCCCUGAGGAGGACUGCUCGGGACCUGUUUGGCCCUCGGCGGGGUCACAGCCAUCUCCUAGUGACUCUCUGUAUGUCUGUCCGCUUGAGGAAAAACCCCCUCCCCUCCCCUGCACAUCCUCUGUGUAGAUCGACAGUCCCCCACCGAGCAUCGAUCCAGGGUCAGUUUUGUCCGUUUGCA